CGGAUGACUCGUCCACACUUGAGGGAACUCUACGCAACUUCAGAACUCAGUAAAACUGCCUCAUUCACUGCAUUGUGCAUCUGGAACACCCCUGCCAUGUCUGCAUCGACUGAGUGCCCUCCGUUUAGACUCGGCGAGUCUCGGUUUGAUCAGGGUUCAUUUUACGGCAGACUUAGACACUUCCUGGAUGUGAUCGACCCUCGCACGCUCUUUGUAUCAGAGAAACGUUUUAAUGAAAGUAUGAAUCUCUUGGAUCAGUUCAAAAAUGGAUCUUUGCCUCCAGGUGUGACUAAUGUACAGCUUUGGGAGGCACAGAAGAUUAAACAGGCCAUCAUCCAUCCAGACACAGGAGAGAAGAUCCCCAUGCCCUUUCGCAUGUCAGGUUUUGUGCCCUUUGGUACUCCAGUGGUUGUGGGCCUUCUUUUACCCAAUCAGACAUUUGCUUCCACCAUCUUCUGGCAGUGGCUGAAUCAGAGCCACAACGCCUGUGUCAACUACUGCAACCGUAAUGCAACUAAGCCCACGCCAAUGUCAACGUUUUUCCAGGGUUACCUUGGUGCAGUCAGCAGUGCCGUUACUAUAGCAGUGGGGCUGAAUCUUCUUGUUAAAAGAGCUGAGCAUUUCAGUCCAGCUACAAGAAUCCUGGUCCAGAGGUUCAUCCCGUUCCCUGCCGUUGCAAGUGCCAACGUGUGUAAUGUUUUGCUGAUGCGCCACACUGAGCUGUCAGAGGGCAUCAGCGUACUGGACGACAAAGGCAAUGUGGUGGGCACCUCAAAGAUGGCUGCCAGGCAUGCUCUGAUGGAGACAUCCCUGACACGUGUCGUGCUGCCCAUGCCUGUUCUUUUGCUGCCACCUUUAAUAAUGGGCAUGCUGGAGAGGCUCCCUCUGCUGCGGAAGCACCCUCGUCUCGGGCUGCCUGUUCACAGCAUGGUGUGUCUCUGUGCCUUCGGCCUAGCGCUGCCUGUUGCCAUCAGCCUUUUCCCCCAAAACAGUCAGAUCCACGUGUCAGAGCUAGAGCCAGAGAUCGCUGCUGCAACAGAGUGCAAGAUCCUGACCUACAACAAGGGUCUUUAAACAGUUCAAAUGCAAAGCGUCAUUAGAAAUGUUGACUGCAUCUCACUGGAUUGUUCCUGCUGUGUAUGAAUGUGAAUCCUCUCUCAGCCACACACAGAGACAGACUCACACCAGCGCUAAUCAUUCUUUCUCCAUGUAUUUGAACGUGGAGGAUUUCAGGAUAUUUACAGCAGUGUUCUUGUGAAUUUCCUUGUGACAUACUUUAAAUUUACAUAAUUAUCAGCCUUCCCAUUCAAACAGUUUUGUAUUAACUGACUACAAAUCACAGAAAAUAAAUGUUUACAAAGUAAUUGUUUUAAAUCUAUAAAUCAUGGGUUUUUAUAUUUUAAA